AUGGGCGCAUUUCCCGCGCCGUCGCGGUGGUGCGGCGCGUGGCGCGGGCGCGUUCUCUCCGCGCUGCCGCUUGUGGUUGGCCUAGUAGCUCUGCUAUGGGAGGAUGCGAUACUCGUUAUAGCCACCACCAACACUCCCACGCUCCAUGAAUGCGACCCUGCCAUUCUCUCCGCCUCCGCCUUCUCUCCUUCCCCCGCAACACCCCUCUCCCCUUCCCGCUACCAGCGCGCGGAGGGCGCGUGCUGGAGCCGCGCGGAGCUACCCUGCUACGCGGGCGCGCGGGGGACCCCCGAGCGCUCCCCCGCGCUCAAGCGCAAGCUACACGCGUACCACGAGUACCUCCGCGCGUGCAGUAGCCGCGAACCCGUCGAAACCGUCAAGGCUAAGCUGCUAGCCGGCAACGCGACGGACUGCCGUUAUCUCUUCUGGCACAUGAAACUAGGCGACGGCCAGGGCAACCAAUACAUCUCCUUCAUCUCCUCCUUCGUAUACGCGCUCCUAACAAACCGGAUCUUCCUUCUAUACACGGAUAUGGGGCCUGGGAAGGUGAUGUGUCCGCCGUUUGAGGGCAUGGGCGAGCGGUGGCAUCUGUUCAAUGGGAGUAUGAAGUCCGUGGACCUCUAUUUGUCGUCCGUGGUGGCGCGCAAAGGGAUGCAGUUCUUUCCAGAGCGGUUGGAUGUGCUGGUUAAUGGUACCAGUGGCAUCAAUGGCACGACGCCCGCUCCGACCAUAGCCAACAUCCCCAUAUACCACAACACGCCGAACACGUCCCUCUUCUUCUGCGAGUCCGAGCAAGCCUUCCUCGCCACCAUCCCCUCACUCAUCCUCCUCUCCAACCAGUACUUCCUCCCCGCGCUCCUCCACGUGCCCUCCUUCCGCCGCCACCUCAACGACCUCUUCCCCGCCGGCCGCAUCUUCCAGACCGUCUCGCAGCUCAUCAUGUUCCCAAAGAACUCAAUCUGGGCCGCAGUGACCGAGAAUAUCCGCGCCCGCGCGCUCCCGGCUGCGGCUCGCAUCGGGUUGCAGUUCAGGCAUGCGUCAGAGCUGGCCAUGCGCCAUGCUGUCAUGUGUAUCACCCGCCUGCAGCAGCACCCUGUGCUGGUGGAGGCUCGGGCGAGGAACGGAGGAGGGGCGGGAGGUGCAGGGGGUGCGGGGGAGGUGGCUGCUGGUGAUGGUGGGGUGCUGGCGGGGGGAGCUGGUGUGGAAUUAGGUAGUGCGGGGAACGUAGGGGAAGGAAGGGGGUUGAUGGACGGUGUGGGGGGGUUAUCUGGGGAAGGUGGGACUGGCAGCAGCAGUGCAGGCAGCAGUGACAGCAGCACAGGCAGCAGUAGCACAGGCAACAGUAGCACAGGCAACAGCACUGAGCCCGGUUCUGGUGGUGUCGCCAGUGCGAGUGGUGAUGCCGCUGGGGGCACAACAGUGAUUCUGAUCGCGAGUCUGAAUCAAUAUGCGCCGUUCAAUCUCUCCCAGAAACUCUUUCCCAACGUCACCUCAGCAAACCUCUCUUACAGUAAAGCUACAGUCACAGGCGGUGUAAGCAUCAGCAGCAGCAGCAGCAGCAGCAACAGCAACAGCAGCGUCUCACCAACUCCGGGCGGUGAAAACAGUACCGAGACAGCCAAUAGAGCCCUUAAUGGCGCUGGUUUACCUUCCUCUGACAGCAACAGUACCGUUCUUGACAGCAACAGCACCGCUCUCAACACCUCAACCAGCAGCGCCAACAUCACCAACAGCGGGACCACCAUGACCGGUCUAGUUACUCCUCUAGUCACCACUUUCUAUCCCAUUGAUCCCACAAGCAGCACUGCCAACAUCACUGAAAGCAAUGUCAUCCGCAACGGGACCCUCUCUUUGGAUCGAAUCACUACUGAGGUCUCGCAAUCGGGACUGGAUGCUGAGUUAGAACAUGCACUAGUGGAUAUCUAUUCCCUUGCCUUAGGUUCGGAUAUCAUCCUCACCUCCCCUGCCUCCACCUUUGGGUAUCUCCUCUCGUCUCUCUUCGGCCGCCCGUCUUUCUUUGUUUCCGCUAGCUGCCAACAGAUGCCACUCGAGCCGUGCUUCCAGCAUCCUCCGCAUGGGUUCAAGUGUCCUAGUGGGGAGAUUAUUGGGGAUGCAGAGUCGUAUAACAGAUCGGAUCCAAAUUUACCAUUUGAGCGCUGUCCUGAUAAUAUUAACGGAUUGUCCCUUAUUGUGGGGCAAUAA